AUGAACCGCAAACCCAAAUAUGAUCCAAGUGAUGCUGUAGCACCUAAUACCAGUGGCUCCACGGAAAGCCCGUCCUCGCCUUCAGCAUUCAUAUCGGCAGGCAAGGCCUCGCAAGGAGCAAGCCAACAGGCCACACCGACAGGACAGAGACUUCCGGCUGUCAUCUCGUCCCCAAGCCUCCAAAAGGGCAUCGCGGGAGGCAGUCAUCGGCCGAUUGACCAAACUUUCAAGAUGAAUCCAGUCAACGGUACAAUGUCUUUGGCCAUACCAAUCCCAGUAACUGAGGGACGUGGCGGAUUUGGCCCGAAGCUGGAGCUGUCGUAUAAUUCGGGCUCGGGAAAUGGCUGCUUCGGAAUUGGCUGGCAAAUGAACUUGAGUUCCAUCACACGCAUGACUUCCAAACGUACUCCUAUGUACGAUGGGACCGACAAUUUCCUGCUGAGCGGCGAGGAUGAAUUGGUCCGUAUGGGGGACCCUGAACGCAUUGGUAAUGACUUCUCCGUUCAGUCCUAUCAACCUCGAGUCAUGGGAGAUCCUCUGAAGAUCGAACAAUGGAGCCGAUUGUUAGAUCCUUCUGAUGUCCAUUGGAGGACGAUUUCAGGCUCCAAUGUGACUUGCAUUUAUGGCCAGACAAGCCAAACACGAAUCUCGUGUAAGGAUAGGUCUAAUCGCACGUGUAUCUUCUCUUGGCUUCUGUGCAGUUCAUAUGACUCCUUCGGGAAUCUAAUCACCUACGAAUACAAGGAGGAAGACACGCAUGGUCUAGAAACCUUGUCGUCUGCAGCGCGAUUGCAGGAACAGAACCGAUUGAUAGACAUAUCGGGGCGUGCAAAGUACUUGAAGACGAUUAGAUAUGGCAAUACAAUUCCUAAUCGAGGUCUUGAUGAUUGGAAGCCAUUUAAAUAUGAUGGGCAAUACCACUUCCAGGUGGUUCUGGACUAUGGAGAUCAUGAUAUCGACAACCCCGAUGUUAAGGCAAAUUCACCCUGGUUGGUCAGACAAGACCGAUUUUCAACAUCUUCAGCAGGAUUUGAAGUACGCUGGCUGCGGCUGUGUCGUCGCAUUCUCAUGUUCCAUUACUUCCCGGAGGAACUUUCAGACAAGCAUUGUCUUGUGCGUUCCGUUUCGAUGCAGUAUCAAGUGUCAUCCGUGGCCUCCUUCUUAUCUUCACUUACAGAACAGGGGCAUUGGUUCAAUCAUGAAACAAAGACGAUGCAAGAUCAAGCGCUGCCACCAUACACAUUUCAGUAUAACAUGCCAAUCGAUGUCCCCAGCGUCAAAGUUGAACACAUGGAUACCGAUAACUUGCCAAAUUUACCAGGUCUAGAUGGGAAUGAGUGGCAAUGGGUGGAUCUGCUAGGAGAGGGAGCGCCUGGUCUACUUGAACAAUGUCCCGACGGCUCUUGGAACUUCCGAAAGAAUUACAAUAUCACAGAUGAUUCAUCAGCCCCGACGUUCGAUACAUCUAUGACCAUACUUGCCCGACCGAAUCGAUAUUUGGGUAAAUCGGCCUAUUUUGAGGACUUGAAUCAAGACGGAAAGCUUGAACUAGUCUGUUUAGACGAAGUCAACAGGUUGGAAGGCUUCUACAGCCAGUAUGAUGAGGGAUGGGUCGGUUACACUACCUUCUCAUCGAUUCCAAAUCGAGACACCACAACAGUAUCCUUCAAGCAACUAGAUCUCACAGGUGAUGGACUUGCGGAUCUCGUGGCAGUUGAUCCGGUGAACAGGGAGAUUAUGUGGCAAGAAAACUUGGGCACUGCUGGAUUUGCUCCAUUGAGACGAUCCGACAACAGGACGGGUGUUCCACAGCUGAUUUCUGACGACCCUGGAGUACAGGUCACUUUUGCUGAUAUGACAGGUGACGGUCGGUCAGAUAUCGUACAAGUCUCUUCAGGCUAUGUCACAUACUGGCAGAAUCUAUCACAUGGACACUUCAGCGAGCCGGUCUGCAUGUAUAAUGCCCCAAGUCUGGGGUGUGAUAUGCCAAUUGCCGAAAGAAUACGCCUUGUUGACAUCAACGGCUCGGGUACUAACGACCUGAUCUACCUGCCUGGCAGUGGCGGUCUGCACGUUUUCUUCAACCAAGCAGGAAACGGCUGGAGUGAGCCACAGAUCCUUGAGUCUUUUCCACCAGUAAACCAGCUUAGUAACGUUUCUACGGUGGACUUAUUUGGUAAAGGGACAGCAUGUUUAUGUUGGAACGGCAAAGUAUCUGGGUCAACUUCAGCGCAGACUCUCUGCUAUGUCGAUCUUGCACCUGCACCGAAGCCCAACUGCCUAGCUUCAUAUCGAAAUGGGAGAGGAUCACGAGUAGAAGUCUCGUACAAGUCUUCCAACUGGUAUUAUCUGCAAGAUGAGCGAGCCGGAGCCUCAUGGUGUACAAAGAUAGGAUUUCCCGUUCAGUGUGUGAGCCAACUCAGGAUCUUGGACGAUACUACUGGACUUCGGAACACCAAGCGCUUCACUUACCAUGAUGGUUAUUACGAUGUUCCUGAUAGAGAGUUUAGAGGCUUUGGGAUGGUUGAACAACUCGAAUCUGUUGUUUUCAACGUCAAUACUCGAUCGGAAUUCCGCCAACCAGCUACCCUCACCAAAACCUGGUUUCAUACAGGAGCGAUGACACCAGUGAGUAGCUGUCUACAGCGAGCAUCUUCUGCAGCUCUAUUUGGACCUUACUGGUCCAUAGAGUCAGUUAACCUCGACGAUCGACGUGACUUCUGCCGGGCUCUCAAAGGAACGCAGCUUCGCGAAGAAAUCCUUGGCGACGAUGGAACUGAACUUGCAGAACAUGCCUACCAAGUUACCGAUACUGCUCACCAAGUGGUCCAGCUUUCGCCUAGAAAAGGUCCACUGCAGCCGGGCACAUAUCGUUGCGUGCCACGUGAAAUACUCAAGACUCACAAUGAUCGGUCACGAGAGUCGCUGCCACGCUACAAUCACGAACUCAUCUUGGAGACUAACAGCUACAAUGAUAAAUUGAAGUCAAUGGAGAUCUUCUAUGGACGCUCAAGAGGAAAGGUCAUGGAUUCCUCCCAAAAGGAAACCAUCUUGAUUUACACAGAGAACGAAUAUUGCCUCCCUGUCCUCGACAAUGGUAAUGGGGUCUUUGUAAAGCCAAUGCCGUCAGCGACUCGCAAGUAUCGCAUUGUUGGUCUAGACUGUUCAAGUGAUGAAAUACCAUCGGCUUUCACCAGGUUUACGAGUGGCAGCUUCCAGAUACUAGGGAGUAUUCCCGAAGUCCCAUACACAGAUCAGAUGCUACCUCCAUAUUCUUCAGAAGCUCGUGUCAAGGUCGAAGAGAGACGGACAUUAUACCGCAAUCAGGAUUUCUCUCAAGAAGAGCCCUUACCUCUGGGGCAAUUUCAGGGCUACUCGGUGAUAUAUGGUAUAUUUGACCUGGCUGGAGGAGACAGUUGGUUUCAAGAACUGCUCAAGCACUAUUUACCCGAAAGUUCGAACUUGAAUAGUUUUAUGACUACUUAUGGGUACACCAGGACGACGGAGGACGACGGCACAACACUUUGGUGGAGGCCUUCUUCGCGUACUCUCUUUGGUCCUGACGCAAAAAAUGAACUCGCCACGGCCAGAAGGUCCUUUUACACACCGACGGUCACCCAGGAUGCCUUUGGCAAUCGUAGUACAGUUCAGAUGGACGAUUACAACCUGCUGCCAAAGAUUUCUACUGAUGCAGUGGGAAACGCCACCCAGGUGGAUAUGGAUUAUAGAUACAUGUCUCCAUUGUGUGUCGUUGAUCCAAACAGCAAUCGAACCACCUACAGCCACGACCUAUUGGGUCGAGUCAUGGCAACAGCCCGAUCCGGGAAAGGGAACGAGCUAGUUGGUGACAAUCUCAACAAGACAAUCCAGCUACUCUCACAAGCUGAUAAAGAUGCUUUCUUUGCAUGUCCUACGCAAGAGACUGCUUUCAAACUCAUAGGUGGUGCCACUAGCUGCCGCCUGUACUAUGACGCCCAAAGCAACCAUUCGGAUACCUGCCCAAGUGCCUUUAUCGACUUCAGUCGAAUGUCCCAUCAUGCGGAUGGAGCUAGCGCUAGUGAUAUUUCCAUAUCGAUAACCUACCUGGAUGGCAAUCUCGCUGAGCUGCAAACGACCAGCUUGACUGAUACAGGGGGGAAUGGAUGCGAGUGGAACAUUAGUGAAUGGACUUUACGAAAUAGCAAAGGAGACCCAGUCCGCACUUUUCAGCCGCGCUUUUCCAGUACCCAUGAGUUCAUUCAUGCUUCUGAGAGCCAGUCGAAAGUAACCACCAUGAUCUAUGAUCCCCUCGGCAGACUAGUUGGUACAUUGUAUCCUGACCACGCAUACUCGAAAGUGAGAUAUGAGACUUGGAAAACUACAGAAUACGACAGAGGUGAUACAGUCUUGAUGAAACUUUCUGAGGACAAAGAUAUCAGUAUCUAUACCAACGCUCUCUCGAAAGAGAACUACAGCCCCAGCUGGCACGCUGCGGCUUUGACCCAAGACCUUUCGCGCAGGGCGGCAGCAAAAGGUUCGGAGAUUUACAGUGAGACACCCGAUGAAACGUACCUGGAUGCGCAGAAGCGUCCAGCUCUAAAAGUCACAGAUUGUAAAACAGCCAAGAUAAAGACACGUAGUCUAUACAGUCUCGCAGGACAUUUGGCUCAAACAAUAGAUGGUAGAGGUCGUCUUGCUGAAAGCGUCACCGCUGACUUACUAGGCCGUGACAUAGUGCGUCGAGGGAUGGACACGGGCAUGGUCUGCACGUUUCUCGACUGCAUGGACCGCACUGCGAUUCUGGUAGAUGGCCGUCACUGGAAGCAACGGUCAAUAUACGAUGCUGCAGGCAGAAAGACCCACCUCUGGCUCUCGCAACAAGGUGGAACCGAGUUCCUCGCAGAAUCGAGACUCUAUGGGGAGACUGUGCCAAAUGCUGAGUCCUUGAACUUGCGUGGAAAGGUGGUUGAAAUCCGUGAUCAGUCGGGGAUCCAAAAGAACAAGGCAUUUGACUUCAAAGGAAACUGCGUUGAGUCAACUACUCAGUUCACGACUGACUACAAAGGAUCGAUCGACUGGAGAGCUGAGAGCAACACCAAGCUGGACCCCGAGAUUUACACAAUUCGAAAGGCUUAUGAUGCCAUGGACAGAGUGGUCAAGUCACAUGAUGCCGAAGGUGCAAUCACGAGGCAUAGUUAUGGGAUUUGUGGACAGCUCAAGCGAGUCUCAUACAGAAGCAGAGGGCAGGAAGAUGACCACUGGGGAGAUUACAUGAGUAACAUGAGGUACACGACUGAUGGACAACCGGAGCAGAUCCUGUAUGGGAACGGUGUUCUGGCGACCUUUCAGUAUGACUCGGCGACCAGAUUAAUGAUUCGCAAGAGACUCAUCCGCCAAAGUGAUAGGAGAAUCAUGGAAGACACACAAUAUUCACAUGAUGUUAUGCAUCGGGUGAUCCAGUCCUCGGAUGCCGCCCAGCCAGUGUCGUACUUCAACAACACUGUCGUUGACGCAAGAUGCUGUUACACUUAUGACACUAUUGGCCGUCUCUCAUCGGCCCAAGCUCGCGAAGAUGCUAAUACUAAUGCCCGAAGGAAGUCAUCUGUCGGGAUCCCUAGCGACAUAAGCCGCAUCUGCAGAUACACAGAAGAGUACGAGUAUGAUGAUGCUAAUAACAUUACCCGAGUGAAACACCACGCAGGGCCGAAAGGACAGAUUUGGAUGCGGAGUUAUACUUACGAGGAAGGAAGUUUGGUCAAGGAAGGCGAACUGGGAAAUAGGCUCAGUUGCACUUCAAAGAGUGGUCAAACAGAGAAAUGGACCUACGGCGAUGGAGCCAACACAGGCUUCGCUGGCAGUGUCAAUGCCGGUGGCGGGAUGCAUUCCAUGUCCUGGGAUCCUUUCAAUCGGCUCAAGUCUUGCUCAAGGCAGAUCAUGAAGAGUGGCACGCCAGAGACCACAUGGUAUGUGUACAACAGUGAAGGGAGGAGGGUACGGAAGGUGACCGAGCGAUCAUCUUCUGGCUCAGGCGAUGCGAGAAAGCUCAAAGAAACAUUUUUCUUUUCCACUCUGCACAUAUACAAGUGCAAGACUGGCGAUGGAUCUGGCCACUGGAAGGAUAAAAGGUACCAUUUGAUCAAUAGUGCCGAGCAGAAACUCGUGGCCAUUGCGGAGGAGGACAAAUCCUUAUCUUCAGAAUCGCCUCUUCUAGUGAGAUAUCACAUGUCUGACAAGCUCGAGUUGGACCAGUCAGGACUUGUCAUAACCUAUGAGGAGCAUUCCCCAUUUGGGUCCAAUUCUUUUUCCCUUAGGCGAUCCAAGCAAGAGGCAUCCCGCAAGUACAGAUUUGCUGGUUAUGAGAGAGAUAAAGAGACCGGCCUCUACUACUGCAACGCACGGUACUAUGCCCCAUGGCUUGGGCGCUGGAUAUCGCCAGAUCCUAUGGGAACCAAGGAUGGCCUAAACUUGUACUGCUACUGCGGCGAUGAUCCGGUGAACUACAUCGAUCCCACCGGAACGACGGGCUUGUUCAAGGCAAUGCAGAUAGCCGCAGUGCCACUGUUCAAGAACGUGACGAGAAUGAACGAAAUCACGAAAAUGGGCCCAGGGGUUCAGCCCUAUCAGCGAUCCUGGCCAUCAGAGUUUUUCAAGCCGCCUCGAGACCCAUCUCCGGCUCUCAGAGACGACGUCAAAAUCGUAAAUGAGCAUGAGCAAUUGAACAACCUGAAGGAAGACAACGCAGUAAUGGAACAGAAAGCACAAGCUCCGCUGCCAGGCAUGUCGCUAGAAGUCAUGAGGCAACUGGGAACGUACACUCUGGAUCAGUAUAUCACCGAACUUGCUAAGGAAAGUCUAUUUCAGGGAUACAAGGAGGGCGUCGGAGCUGCUACUACGGCAAUCCAGACAAAGAUCCUCCUUCUAGGCAUACCCUUACCUUUACGGGUUGGGGCCGUUAUCGUUGCUGACGCUGUCGGCAACAAGAUCGCGGAUGGGGGAGUGGAGAACCUUCGUGAGUGGAUGGCGGGUCCGAAUGAGCACGCGCAGAAGGACGCACAGGAUCACGUAGAAGCGAUUAGCAAUUUCUUUGACGAUCCGAGGGCAUUUGGACAGGAAUUGGGGGAGAAUGCGGUCAAGAGCUUUUUCUGA